AUGAAAACAGAGGAGAAAACAAACGUGCCACGAGUACGGAUAGCUGUGCUCGGGAACGUGAACGUCGGAAAAUCUGCCCUCACCGUCCGUUACCUAACCCGACGAUUUAUCGGCGAAUACAGUUCCAACACGGACCUGCUGUACAAGCAAACGGUGACACUCGACAGCGGUGUGCUGGAUGUCGAAAUCGUCGACAUUUCCGCCGAAAACGACAACGGAUUCCCGGUGGAACAGAUCCAGUGGGCUGACGCCUGUCUCAUCGUGUACAGCAUCACCGACCGAGGCAGCUACGAGUACGCCCAGCGGUCAUUGGCCGAGCUGAGGCAGCUGCAGAAUGCACCGUCGGCCUACCUGGUCGGUAACAAGGCCGAUCUGGAUCAUUUGCGUGAGGUUCAGGAAACGGAAGGAGCAUCGUUGGCCGCAUCGCACGCGAUCGGUUUCUGUGAAGUUUCGGUCGCCGACAACACACCCGCACUCUACAAAGCCUUUGAGCGUCUGCUGGUAGAAUCCCGGGCCCGUCCAGUGAAGCCACGCAAAUUUUCCGUCAGCAAAAUGUUUGGUACGCUGAUCGGUAACAAUGGCACACGGCAACCCCCGGUCAGCCAGGGCACGGUUGUACCAUGUCACAAAGGUGAGCUGCACAAGUCGCGAGUGAUGAAGCGGCGCCAGGCCUUCACAGCGACUGCCUCCCUAUGA